AAAGUAAAAUAAAAAGGCAAGGGUUAUAGUUCAGGGCCAAGGCCCCGGGUGUGUCACUGCCUCCCGAGGACUCGGACAGCGUCUGGGGACAUUCGAGUUUGACCUGUGUGUGUGUGUUGGGGGUGGAGUUCCUGGCAUCAAGUGGGCAGCGAGCGACCAGGGUUCCUGCUGAGCGCCCUACAGUCCCCCAGACAAAGCAUGCAGCCCCCAGCUGGGGAUGGUGCCACCCCCCGCCGCCGAUGCCUGUGAUCUACACCCAGGACGCUGAAGCGGGAGGAUCGCUGCGAGCUGGAGGCCAGCCUGGGCUAUCCAAAGGAGCAUGCAGAAUUCCGAGGGAGGAGCAGACUCGCCAGCGUCCGUGGCUCUGCGACCCGCAGCAGCUGCCUCCCAGCCGGUGCCCGCCUCCCCGCAGAGGGUGCUGGUCCAGGCAGCAGGCUCCGUGCCCAAGGGGGCCCCCAUGCAGCCGCUGUCCCUGCCCAGAGUCCCACAGGUGCCGCAGCAGGUGCUGGGAAGGUCUGCAGGGCCCCAGGAAACAAGCAGACCCUUUGGGGAGGCCCAGCAGGGACCUGGGGACCCAGACCAGGGACCUUGCCACAGGACUUGUGUCAAGGCCCUCCCUGGGGACACAAGGGCCAGUGUGGAGCCAGGUCCCGCCGGUGCAGCACGUGUACCCCGCGCAGGUGCAGUACGUGGAAGGGGGUGACGCCGUCUACGCGAAUGGAGCCAUACGAGCGGCCUACGCCUACAACCCCGAGCCUCAGAUGUACGCCCCCAGCAGUGCAGCCUCUUACUUCGAGGCCCCGGCUGGCGCCCAGGUGACAGUGGCAGCCUCGUCCCCACCAUCGGUCCCCGCUCACAGCAUGGUGGGCAUCACCAUGGACGUCACGGGGAAUCCCAUCGUGUCCAGUGCCGGCGCCUACCUCAUCCACGGGAUGGACGGCACCAGGCACUCCCUGGCCCACACCGCCCGGUCCUCGCCAGCCACGCUCCAGUGGCUGCUGGACAACUACGAGACGGCCGAGGGCGUGAGCCUGCCCAGGAGCUCCCUGUACAACCACUACCUGCGGCACUGCCAGGAGCACAAACUGGACCCGGUGAACGCCGCCUCCUUCGGGAAGCUCAUCCGCUCCGUGUUCAUGGGGCUGCGCACGCGGCGCCUGGGCACCAGGGGAAACUCCAAGUACCACUACUAUGGCAUCCGUCUGAAGCCGGACUCCCCGCUGAACCGGCUGCAGGAGGACACUCAGUACAUGGCCAUGCGGCAGCAGCCCCUGCACCAGAAGCCCAGGUACCGGCCAGCCCAGAAGACGGACAGCCUUGGGGACAGCAGCUCCCACAGCAGCCUUCACAGCACGCCCGAGCAGGCCAUGGCCACGCAGAGCCAGCACCACCAGCAGUACAUCGCCGUGUCCUCCCCAGAUGUGUCCCAUGUGUUCCCAGAGUUUCCGGUGCCCGAGCUGGGCAGCGGGCUGCUGCAGGAGAGCAUCACGCUGCGCGACGUCAAGGCCCUGCAGCUAGCGUACCGACGGCACUGCCAGGCCACCCUGGAUGUAGUCACGAACCUCCAGUUCCACUACAUCGAGCAGCUGUGGCUGUCCUUCUGGAACUCCAAAGCCACCUCCGGCGACGGCCCUGACUCCCUCCCCGCCAGUGAGGAGGAGCCCGAGGCGCAGGCCACGCUCCCUCAGGACAAGCUCAUCUCGCUCUGCAAGUGCGCGCCCAUCCUCAAGUGGAUGCGGAGCUGCGACCACAUCCUGUACCAGGCGCUUGUGGAGAUCCUCAUCCCGGACGUGCUGCGCCCGGUGCCCAGCACCCUGACGCAGGCCAUCCGCAACUUCGCCAAGAGCUUGGAAGGCUGGCUGACCAACGCCAUGAGCGACUUCCCGCAGCAGGUCGUCCAGACCAAGGUGGGCGUGGUCAGCGCUUUUGCGCAGACUCUGCGGCGCUACACGUCGCUCAAUCACUUGGCGCAGGCAGCGCGCGCGGUGCUGCAGAACGCGUCCCAGAUCAGCCAGAUGCUCAGCGACCUCAACCGCGUGGACUUCGCCAACGUGCAGGAGCAGGCCUCGUGGGUGUGCCAGUGUGAGGAGGGCAUGGUGCAGCGGCUGGAGCAAGACUUCAAGGUGACGCUGCAGCAGCAGAGCUCGCUGGAGCAGUGGGCCCGCUGGCUGGACAGCGUGGUCAGCCAGGUGCUCAAGCAGCACGCGGGCAGCCCCAGCUUCCCCAAGGCCGCGCGGCAGUUCCUGCUCAAGUGGUCCUUUUACAGCUCCAUGGUGAUCCGGGACCUGACCCUGCGCAGUGCGGCCAGCUUCGGCUCCUUCCACCUCAUCCGCCUGCUCUACGACGAGUACAUGUUCUACCUGGUGGAGCACCGAGUGGCUGAGGCCACUGGGGAGACGCCCAUCGCCGUCAUGGGGGAGUUCAAUGACCUCACCUCCCUGUCACUGACGCUGAUCGACAAAGACGAUCUGGGCGCGGAGCGCAGUGCCGAGGACCCCCACAGCCUGGGCGAGCCCCUGGUGAAACGGGAGCGCAGCGACUCGGGCCCCCAGCUGCACGGGGGCGUCUAGCACCUGGCACCGGGCGCCCUCCGCACGCGAGGUCCCAGAAGGCGUCACCAGGUCGCUCUGGGAACCUGGACUCCCUGGCCCCACCGCACUGUGCCUCUUAGACGCCUUGACGUUUACUCUGGGGGCGCGCCGGGCACUGAUGAGAAACACGGUUCCACAUGCUGCCACCGCCGCCGCGAGGACCCUGCCCCUUGUUUCGGGGCGCCCCCGUGGCAGCCCGAGCUUUGUACCGCGUCCCCGUGAGAGCCGGAGAGCUGUGCGAAGCGCUGGUCCCCGCCACAGGCUGCUUCUCCCCUGUCAGUUUUCACCACAGAUGACAAACCCAGCGCCAGCCGUCCCCGCCGGGCCCUGCACUGUUGGGGGCACAGAGCCCGCCCCCAGGCUCCCCUGGGAACAGAGUCCCUAGGGCUUGUGGGCAGAGGACCUCCUCCCACCGUGUGCCUUGCGGCCUUGCUGGCCAGCCGGCCUCAGGGUCUGUCCUGAGCAAGAGCUCCUGCCCUCUGGAGCUCACGCCUGCCUGCGGCUCGCUCCGGGAGCAGCGACCCAGGGUCACCGCGCGUCCCCGGGCUGUGGCAGCCGCUCCCCUUUCUCCCGCGACCCCACCUGGAGGCUUCCAAGCGGCCCCCACUUUGUGAGCGGCCCUGGAUCGCCCUUCAGAGCGGAGACUGGGGACAGACCGGGCUCCGGCCCGAGCCCCACGUGCAGAGGUCACAAGGGAAGCGCCCGGAAGGCAGGCCGAGCUUCCCGCCGGGAGAUGUUCAUGCCCGUAGUUCGUGCUGUUUGUUCUUAGGAGGUUUCUUUACUAUGAACGUGUCUCACACA